AUGGCCGACCCGUCCGUCGCCGAGCGCCGCGAGCAGCUCCGCCACCUGAACGACUCGCUGGUCAGCGGCUCGCUGUCCCGCCAGGAGUACGACGAGCUGCUGCCGUUCGUGGCGUCCCCAACGGCAUCGUCCCAAGAGCCUCAGCCGCAACCGCAACGCCAAGAAGACGCCGCCUUCGCCGCCGCCCUAGCCCAAGCCCAACAGCCCAGCGACCCUCCAGCCUCCUCCGCCCAAGAGGACCAGGACCAUCACUCUGCCAGUCCGCAGCAGCAGCAGCGCAGCGUCCACUUCUCGGCUGACACCAGUCCGCCCGCGCCUGAGCCCAUCGACGCAUCGGCGCAGUACCAGAUCCUCGCGCCCGUGGCCGCGGCCAACGUAGGCGCCGGACUGCAGCUGCGCUGUCCAGCAUGUGGCACCAGCAACGACACGGCGCGCGGCCCGCGCUGCUACGUAUGCAGCUCGAAGCUCACGGUGGCCGACGAGCUGUCAGCGGCCAUGACCGCACGCGGCAGCUACAGCGGAAGAGGCAGGAGCUCGAGAUCGAGAUGGCCCAUUGUCACGGCCAUGGCGCCGCCCAGCGGGGCCUUCAGCGCCGCCGAAGACGGCCGCGUGUUGCUGCUGAACGGCUACUUCUCGUGCUCCAUGGAGACCACGCAGCUCAUCGCCACGGCGGACGGCAGCGCGUGCCAGGUCUUCGUCAUGUGCUGCACGUGGCAGCCUCGGGACGGAGACAAUCAGCACCUCCUGGCCACGUGGUAUGUAUCGCAGCGCUUCAGCCAGUUCGAGCGGCUGCACAAGGCGCUCAAGAGGAGGCUGGCGCGCUCCACGGCGGCGUCGCUGCCGCCGUUCCCGGCCAAGUAUCACCUGACUGACAGGCUGGAGAAGAGGAAGCAGGGGCUGGCGACCUACAUGCCGCGGCUGCUCGAGAUGUGCGCGCACCUGCCCAACGGCGAGCCGGCCCCAGAGCUGGACGAGUUCCUGGACGCCUCACACCAGAUCCAGAUCUUCCGCUCGCAGCGUCCUGCGCCUCCUGUUGUGUCUGCUAGCUCGCCUGUGGACGGCUCUCAGCGCUCGGCGGCUUCAACGUCGACGGCGGCGACGUCAGUGUCGUCUCCCAUCCCGGCGUUCACUGGUCCGGCCAUGAUGCCUUCGCAGCCGGCGGCUCCUCCCAUGGACAAAACGGAGCUCGCUCAAGCGGAGGGUGCAGUGAGACUGCUUGCUCAGGCGGUGCGCAACGCGCGCGGUGACGUGCGUGACGACGGCACUGUCCAGCAUCACUUGGACAUGUGCGUGCAGCUGGCGCCUGCCUUGCAGCGAUCGGCGGACCUGGACAACCCGUUCGCGGAUGCCGAGUUGAUUCCUCGUGCCAUGCAGUGCCAGGAAGACCUGCAGCAGGCUGUUGCAAUGUAUAACGACGCACUGCUGGCGGUGUCGGGAGUGGCGCCGAUCCAGCAGCAGGUUCAACAUGCCCAGCAAGUGCAGCAGCCCGAGCCUCACGUCCAAGCUCAAAUGCCCGUGCGCAACGUGGUGCCUGCAAGUGCCGCUUAA